CAACAAACAAAAUCCUUGUAUCCCAGUUACCAAACGCGUCCUUUCAAGUUUCAACACAAAGGAAGAUUCCUUCCUCCUCUCCUUUCCCUACCAAUUCAAAUAAAAAGCCGAUCUCUCCCCCGAGCAAAAAAUUUCCCAAUAGAUCAGACCUCUACUUCUCCCAGGAAAAUCUGGUCCGAUACCCUCGAUUUGUAACCCUUCUUCAAUUCCCACCAUAUCCGAACCUUCUUCUGUUAUGUUAGAGAUGAAACUCUCAGAAUUCUAGGUUUGGAAAUUUUUAUCCUUUGUUUUGGUUGUCUUUUGACCGAUUCCGUUUCUUCCAUUCGAUUUUGGGCUUCGAAAUAUGUAUAGCAAUUUCAAGGAGCAAGCGAUUGAGUAUGUGAAGCAGGCCGUGCAGGAAGAUAAUGCUGGAAACUACGCCAAGGCGUUCCCGCUGUACAUGAACGCUCUGGAGUACUUCAAGACGCACCUCAAGUACGAGAAGAACCCCAAGAUCAAGGAGGCCAUCACGCAGAAGUUCACCGAGUACCUGCGCCGGGCCGAGGAGAUCCGGGCGGUGCUUGACGACGGGGGUCCUGGCUCCGCCUCCAACGGUGGGGAUGCUGCCGUGGCAUCGAGGCCCAAGACCAAACCAAAGAAUGGAGAAGGCGGUGGGGAUGGAGAGGACGCGGAGCAGACCAAGUUGAGAGCCGGUUUGAACUCCGCCAUCGUGAGGGAGAAACCCAACAUCAAGUGGAGCGAUGUGGCGGGCCUUGAGAGCGCCAAGCAGGCGCUUCAGGAGGCUGUCAUAUUGCCCGUCAAGUUCCCACAAUUUUUUACCGGCAAGAGACGACCAUGGAGGGCUUUUUUAUUGUAUGGACCACCUGGAACUGGAAAGUCAUACUUGGCCAAGGCAGUUGCAACGGAAGCAGAUUCGACCUUUUUCAGUGUUUCUUCAUCGGACCUAGUUUCAAAGUGGAUGGGUGAAAGUGAAAAGCUUGUUUCAAACCUUUUCCAAAUGGCUCGUGACAGUGCUCCAUCCAUCAUCUUUAUUGAUGAAAUAGACUCAUUAAGUGGUCAACGUGGAGAAGGCAACGAGAGUGAAGCUUCUAGGCGUAUCAAGACAGAAAUUCUUGUGCAGAUGCAGGGUGUAGGGCACAAUGAUGAGAAAGUUCUUGUUCUUGCAGCUACAAAUACUCCCUAUGCUCUAGACCAGGCCAUCCGAAGGCGUUUUGACAAGCGUAUAUACAUUCCUCUGCCAGACUUGAAGGCCCGGCAGCACAUAUUUAAGGUGCAUCUAGGAGAUACUCCCCACAAUUUAACUGAAACAGAUUUUGAAAGUCUGGCUCGCAGGACAGAGGGUUUUUCAGGUUCAGAUAUUUCUGUUUGUGUUAAGGAUGUCCUGUUUGAACCUGUUCGGAAAACUCAAGACGCAAUGCACUUUGUUAAGACUCCUAAUGGUAUGUGGGUGCCAUGUGGACCAAAGCAGCAAGGUGCUGUCCAGAUUACUAUUCAGGAGCUGGCGGCACAAGGACUGGCUUCACAGAUCCUUCCACCACCUAUCUCGAGAACAGAUUUUGACAAGGUGCUUGCAAGGCAGAGGCCUACAGUGAGUAAAACUGACCUUGAGGUCCAUGAGAAAUUCACGAAGGAAUUUGGAGAGGAAGGUUGAGGAAUUUGAUAAAAUUUCGUGACAUGGAUCCACGCUAGUGAGUAGAGUGGUCUGAUUUGUAUUAUAUUUAUCAGUGCUGGAUCCAGUGAAUUAUUUCCUUUCUAUUUAGCUUCUUUACAUGGGGGAAAUUGGUCUUAUCUCCCCUUUCUUGUAUUCUGAUGGAAAUACGGAGGUUUGAUACUUAUAAAAUUGCUUGUCCCAAAUUGUAAAGAACAGUUUUAGACUGAUGGCCCUAGAAGGUUAAACAUGAAUCACGUCAUGCUUGUUGCCUAUA